AUAGCUAUAAAACUUUAAACCCUGAUUUUCAUCUGCUUUGUCUUUCUCAAAGGCCAUCUUCUCUCCAUCUACGGCCGACCCUAAAACGUAUUUCUUUAAAACUUUCUCGAACUCGAAUCAGAUUUAUUAUCGAAGGGUACUUCGGAGUUGUGAAAGAUGGUGCAAUACAAUUUUAAGAAGAUUACAGUGGUUCCCACUGGGAAGGACUUUGUUGACAUCAUACUCUCUCGUACUCAGCGCCAGACACCAACUGUUGUUCACAAGGGAUAUGCUAUCAACAGAUUAAGACAGUUCUACAUGCGUAAGGUGAAAUACACACAGACAAACUUUCAUGACAAGCUUUCAACUAUUGUUGAUGAGUUUCCUCGUCUAGAUGAUAUCCAUCCUUUCUAUGGAGAUCUCCUUCAUGUUUUAUACAACAAAGAUCAUUACAAGCUUGCCCUUGGUCAGAUUAACACUGCAAGAAAUCUCAUUAGUAAAAUAUCCAAGGAUUAUGUGAAGCUUUUGAAGUAUGGGGAUUCCCUUUAUAGAUGCAAGUCACUGAAAGUUGCCGCACUUGGAAGAAUGUGUACUGUCAUUAAGCGUAUAGGCCCUAGUUUGGCUUACUUGGAGCAGAUUAGACAACACAUGGCAAGGCUCCCAUCUAUAGACCCCAACACCCGUACUAUCUUGAUUUGUGGGUACCCAAAUGUUGGUAAAAGCUCUUUUAUCAACAAAAUUACUAGGGCUGAUGUUGAUGUUCAGCCAUAUGCCUUCACCACAAAGUCCCUCUUUGUUGGACAUACUGAUUACAAGUACUUGAGGUACCAGGUGAUUGAUACUCCAGGGAUCUUGGAUCGCCCUUUUGAAGACAGGAAUAUUAUUGAGAUGUGCAGUAUUACGGCUCUUGCUCAUCUGAGAGCUGCUGUGUUGUUCUUCUUGGAUAUAUCUGGAUCGUGUGGAUACAGCAUUGCUCAACAGGCGGCUCUCUUCCACAGCAUCAAAUCGCUGUUUAUGAACAAGCCUUUGAUUAUUGUGUGCAACAAGACUGAUUUGCAGCCGUUGGAUGGUCUCUCUGAGGAAGACAUGAAUUUGGUCAAGGAGAUGAAGGCAGAAGCUAUAAAGACUGUGAUAGGUGCAGGUGGUGAACCAAAUGAUGAUGAGAAUGUUCUAUUGACUAUGAGUACUUUGACAGUGGAGGGAGUGAUAUCUGUGAAGAAUGCAGCCUGUGAAAGACUAUUAAAUCAAAGGGUGGAACUAAAAAUGAAGUCAAAGAAGAUCAAUGAUUGCUUAAAUCGGUUUCACGUAGCAGUUCCAAAGCCAAGAGAUCAGAAAGAAAGGCCAGCUUGUAUACCUCAGCAAGUUCUAGAGGCAAAAGCUAAGGCAGCUGCCGAGAAGGAAAAGAAGAAGCUUGAAAGAGAUUUGGAGGAAGAGAAUGGUGGGGCUGGUGUUUACUCCGCUAGCUUGAAAAAGCACUAUAUCUUAGCACACGACGAGUGGAAAGAAGAUAAAAUGCCAGAGAUUCUUGAUGGCCAUAACGUCUAUGAUUUCGUCGAUCCUGAUAUUUUAGAAAGGCUUGAAGAGUUGGAAAGGGAAGAGGGACUUCGUCUAGAACAGGAAGGGGAUGAGGAGGAUGUUGAGAUGGAUAGUAAGGAGUUGACCCCAGAAGAAAAAGACGCUUUAGCUGCCAUCAGGAAGAAGAAAAGUUUGCUCAUUCAACAGCAUAGGAUUAAGAAGAGCACAGCAGCGAGUAGGCCUGUUGUACCAAGAAAACAUGACAAGGACAACAAGUUCACAACACAGAGGAUGGGGAGGCAGCUGUCUGCAUUGGGUAUUGAUCCUUCCAAAGCUAUUAACCGUGCCCGUAGUAAAUCCAUAGAAAGGGGAAGAAAGAGGGAGAGGUCUAGGGGAGACAGUGAUGUCGAUGCUAUGGAAAUGGAUGAUGAUCGGGCCAACAAAAAGUUGCGACUGAGGUCUCAAUCACGCCCAAGGUCAAGGUCAAGCUCACGACCACCUGGUGAAAUUGUUCCUGGAGAAGGUUUCAGAGAUGCUCUCCAGAAGAGUAAGGCUUUGAAACUUGCACAUGGAGCAUCAAAGAAGAGGAACAAGGACGCUAAGAGGGGAGAAGCGGAUAGGACAAUUCCAACUCUCAGACCAAAGCAUUUAUUCUCUGGGAAGCGUGGAGUUGGAAAGACCGAUAGACGUUAAGAUAGCUAAGGUAAUGUUGUGGAGUUCAAGCAAUUGCGCCAAACUUUAUUUUUUCUGCUUUCUUCAAUUUUCUGGUAGAGAAAUUAGACAAGUUAUGCUUAUUGUUACUUUUAUUUGUCUUGUUGAGAGGGGUUUGUCGCAAAUUUAUAUAGAUUACAGUUUGAUUUUCUUUCUGAUUAAGUACUGCAAUUUUGUUUUUAUGUUGGCAGAGCUGUCUUGUAGAGUCUAGGCCAGCUAGGCUAGAGCUCAAAUUGUUGGGGCGCAAAUGUUUUUCUUUAUCUUUUUUGUUUGUUUUUCUUCGCCAUACAGGCAGGCUCUUACAUAGUGGUUCAAACUGAAUGUCCUCUUCCAGUAAAUUCUUAUCAAA